AUGUUAAGGUUUUAGAAAUUAGGAGAAGAUGAAUAAGCUCGUUUGGAUCAAGAAAGCCUUAAACAAAAAAAGGAAUUAUUAAAAUAAGAAUUUGAACACUAGGAAGAAAUAAGAAAAUAUGACAACCUCUCGAUAGUUUCAUCUAAUGAUUUUAAAUUUAAGGCAGAAUUAGAUAAAUUGCAAAGCUCAAAUAAAAGAAAAUAAUAAGAAUUAGAGCUUCUGUUAAAAUCAGGACAAAAUAAAAAAAAAUAUAAAACAGGAACUUCUUAGAUGCAUACUUCCACUAAUGGAAACGGUGUUAUUCAUUCUAUAAAUAAUCAUCAUUCUGACCCAUUAUUUGAAACAUUUAGCGAAAAUGUGAAUCUUAAGUUAUUAGAUUUAGAACAAAGAGAUUAAUAUAUUGAUUCAUUAAAAUUAUAGGAAUCUCGUUAUGAAAAUUUAAUUUUAGAAGAGUAAGAGAAAAGUGAGUCUUUAUAAAAGAUUUUAGUAGAGAUUGAAAAAUCUAAAUUGAUUUAACAAUAAAAAUGUGAAGAAUUAUAAAUUAUACUAAGUAAAGCUGGAAAGAGAUUUAGCAAUACUGAUGCAGUAAAAUUAAUGGCAGAGAACAAAAAGUUUUUAAGUAAAAAAAACCUUUAAUCUAUAAAAAAUGAAUUUGGCUAAAUGAAGCAAAUGCAAGACACAUACAAACAUUCAUAAGAAAAUAAAUAAUAAUAAUUACAAAAAAUACUAUAUGUUGGCGAAGAAAAUAUUGGGCAUAAUGUUUUGAAAAUAGAAGAAGCAGAACGAUUUAUAGAUAUAUAGAAUAAAGAGUUUGAAAUUUUAGAAGAGAAAAAAUAAAAUUAAUUAAAAAAAUAAUAAGAAAGUAGAUAUAUUCUUACAUAUAUUGAAUUUUUUGAAAUAUUUGAAUAAAUAUUUAUGAAUAAGGAUUAACCAAAUGAAAUUAGAUUAGUUGAUUAAUAUAGUGUUAAUGAAGAAUUAUUAUAAAAAUGGAAUCAAAAUUAAUAAAUUGAUAAUUAAUAAUAAGAAUAAGAAAUAAAUUUUGAUAGAAAUGAAUUGUUAUCUCAAAUUAACAAAUUUUAUUAAGAAGAUGAAUAAAGAACUUAAUAUAUUCUUGAUUUUAUGUUAGAGAAAUAUUGGCAUCUUUAGUAAGAGUUAACAAAAAAAAGUAUUUCCUAUGAAAAUCUCUUAAAGUAGAAAGAAGUACUAUUAGAUGAAAUCGAAAAUCUAGAUUUUGAAUUAUUAGAAUUAAUGUAGAAAAAUCCAAAUUUAGAUAUUCAUGAAUAAUCUCUAGUAGCUGAAGAUGCUGGUUUAAUGAAUAUAAAAAAUGUUACAACUACUUUAAAUAUUAAAAAAAUGGAAGUAGAGGAACAACCUGAAUAAGUUGUAUGGAUAAAGGCGACAAAAACUUAAGGAUUAUUAAUGAAUUUUUAAUUAGGGUUAGCUGAAUAUUUACAUAGAAUUUAUUAAAUUAUUUAAGCAAUAGAUUAAAAAAACAAAGAAAAUAAAAAAUUUAAAUAUACAAAUAUAAAUAAUGAAAUAAAUGGAAUAAACUUGUUGAUAUCAAAAAUAUAUAAUAUAAGUAAAAAUUCGAAUUAAAAUAAUGAGUUGAAUUAAUAACAUUUAAACUAAUUUGCGAUACAUAAUAUUGUGGUUGAUAUAUUCCCUAAAUUUAAAGAAUAUGAAUUAAAUCAAAUUAGUUAAUAUUUCUAUAUAUAAAGUAAAACAGAUUAAAUUUUAUGGUUUAAUUUAAGCGUCGAAAAUUUAACAAAUUUUUUAAAAUCUUAAGAGAAUACAACAUUAUAAAAAUUGUUGAGUCCAGAAAUAAUAAACGAGUUCAGAGAUUAAUUAAUUGAAAUCUUUAAAUAUAAUUUUCAUAAAUUAUUUGAGUAUUAUUAAACAAUGUAUAAGAAAAUAAGAGAUAUUAGUUAAGAUUUAUUUUAACAUUUAAAAGAGAUUAACCCAAAAUUCGAUAUAAAAAAAUUGUCAAAAUUAUUAUUGAGAGAAGGUUAAGAUAUUUAAUCAGCAAAAGAUUUAAUUAUAAAAAGAAUGAUGGAAUAUAAAACAGGAGAAAAUAUACCUUUUAAUAGUAAAAAUGAUUUGUAUAAAAUAUAAAACACAAGACCAAAAACAGAAGAGGAAUAAAUUUAGAGUGUAUCUUAAUAAUAAUAACAAUAAUCCGAUCAAUAAGAUCCUUCUUUAUUAUUUCCAAAAAGAUAAAGAUUGGAUGAUGAAAAAUUAUCUUAAAUAUAAACAUUUUUUAGAGCAAAGAUAAGAGAGAAGAAUGAAUAAUUAAGGGAUUAGAAAAAUAAUGAUACAAUUUCAACAAAAGAUAGAUAAGGAAGUAAUAUAGAGUAAUAAAACUCUGAAAGUAUCUCGAUGAUUAAAGGUGAAAAUAAGAUGAAUAGAGCAAAAUCAAAAAAAUUGGUUGAAAGUAAAACAGCUCGAAAUUUAUAAGAUGAUUUAGAGUAAGAGAGAAGUUUAUUAAAAGCAUAAAUAGCAGCUGAUCUAUUGAGAUUAAAAGAAGAAUAAGAAAGAAAAGAUAAACCAUUAAUGAAAGAGUAAUAAAAUGAAAUUAAGGUUCAAAUUAAAUAAGCAACUGAAAGAUUAUAUGGAGAAAGAUAAUACACAGUUUAGAUCAUGAGAAAUAUGGCAUAAACAACUGGAAUUUUAAGUGAUAUUAAUCAAUUAGAACAUUUCUCUUCUAAAAUAGAAUCUCCUUAAUUAGUUGGUUAAUUUGUCAUUCAAAGAAAAAAUUUACAUAGAAAUCUAAACAAAGAAUUAGGUUUACCAACUUUAUCUUAUUUAAAACCUACUAGUGCCUAUUUUUCAAGGAGAAAUCAAUCUUCUGAAUAAAUUAAGGCUAUGGAUUAUAAAAGAUAUUAUGAAAUAGAAAAUGGAGUAAGUUCAAGACCUUACACAUAAUAUUAAUCAAGUCGUAAGCCAUAUACUAAUUCAAAUAAUAAUAGCUCUAGAAAAAGAAUAAAUUAAAAUCAAGAUGAAUUAAAAAAUAAAUAUUCAGGUAGAACAAGAGUGACUAACAAUAAUGAAUCUAUGAAUACAUACCCUGUACCAUAAGAAAUAUUUCAAUAUGAAUAUCCUAAGUCACUUUUGGUACCAACAGCAUCGUGA